AUGACGGAACGCCCGGCAAAGUCUGGCUCGUCUCGCAAGCGGGCGCUGGUGAGCUGCGACCGAUGCAAGAUCCGCCGGGCGCGAUGCAUUCGCGACAAUGCUGACAUGCCAUGCGCCGAUUGCAAGGCCAGUGGUGUGGCCUGCGAAUCCAAACUCCCCCGCAAGCAGCGCGUCUACGGCAGUGUCGAGACGCUGAGUUUACGCUAUAGGGCGCUCGAGGCCUUGGUCAAGGGCCUGUUCCCCAACGAUAAUGUCCAGGAUACAGAGACGCUGUUUAGGAUCGCGGCCGCGAGGAAUAUCACCAUGCCCGCCAAUGAUGACUUUACUCCGGCAAACAUCUUCAACACCACCGCCACUGCCAGCGACCAGCGCUCCUCGUCGUCGUCGCAGCAACAACCACAACAACUUCAGCAGCAGCAGCAGCAGCAGCAACAUCAACAACAACAACAACUACCACCACAACCGCAACCACAACCUCCAAUUCAGCCUUUUCAGGCAUCUUCCUUUCCCCGACAGGCACCCGCUGGUCUAUAUGCCACCACACACGACACUACCCAUUCUUCUCACACUGAUUUUCCACCCAUCAAAAGCAAACAUAAUCGCCCAAUCACCCUCUCCGAUCCCCAGCGACCCCCCUCUCGGGCAGAAGAACUCUUGCGAGCAAACCGACGUACCUCCCACUACUUUGGUCCCUCGAGCAGUUUUCGCCUUGCCACGACAAUACGUGCUCUUGCUGCUCGAUGGAUAUCAAUCACGGGCGCAAGCGCCCACUCUUUCAUCUCAGACCCAUCCAGCAACUCUGGCUCCAUUCUGAAACGCAGCAGCACUGACCCAUCCCACGAAGACCUUACCUUGCCUGAAACAAUUCAACUUCCCCUGUCUGGCAAAAGAAGUCGCAAAAGAUCCAGGUCAGAACUGGAUGAUUCCAGUGAUGAAUUUCUGUCUCGCGAGCAUAGUCUGAGCAGAGAUUCCAUCGGGACUCUCUUACCGCCGAAAGCUACCGCCGAGGCCCUGGUGUCUGCCUACUUUAGCCGGAUUCACAUGUACAUGCCUUUGUUCAAUCGAAGCGUGUUCCAUCUUCGUAUGGAAGCAACAUAUUCUCGCAAAGCCGAAUUGAUCGACGAAUGCAAGGACAUUGGCUGGCUGGUGGCAUUAGCCCUGGUCUUCUCGUUUGGAUGUCAGCAACUGGACGGACUCGACUCUAAGCAAGCCCGUGAGCUGCGAGUCAAGUACCUCAAAUUUUCUAAAAACUACUUUCGGCGGCUCCUAACAACGGCCUGCCUGGAUAAUGUCCAGGCACUUGUUCUGCUCAACAUGCACCAUCACAGCGUUGGGCAAAAGAGCAGUUCAUGGCUGCUUAUAGGCCUCGCUGCACGCAUGGCAACUACCAUGGGAAUGCAUCGAGACGCUUCGAAUCAAGAAUUCGAGUUUGUCGAGCGGAAUAUACGCCGCCAAGUCUGGUGGACCAUUUACAUUUUUGAAAAAACCUUGUGCAGUGUUCUUGGCCGCCCGACCGCGAUUGAUGAUCGCGAAAUGUCACUUCAUAUGCCAGAAUUCCAGACAUUUGGGCAACCAAGUAUAUCCGGAGACUCUGCUAGUCUUUGCUUCGAUCUCGUCCGCCUUUCUUAUAGUAUCCGGCAACGUGCCUAUUUUGAUCAAACUUCAGCUGAAGAACGCUCACCGACGCCUGCUGUUGCAAAAGCUUUACUGCGAGAACUUGACGCUUUUAUCGCAACCGUUCCUCCAAACAUGUCGCUGGACUGCUAUCCAUUGACGUCGGAGCACAGAUCUAUGGUAUUGCUGCUGCAUAUUUACUACUACCACACGCGUUGCAUGGUUACCCGGGAUUUCUUGGUACAAAAGAUUGAAAGUAGCCUCUCCUUUCUUGAAAACGAAAUGUUUACCGAUUCUGACGACUGGCGAACAACCCUUGCACUGGCCGAAGACUGCGUCGAGUCUGUGCACAAAAGCCUGCAAUGCAUCAGGGCCGGCAUCGAGCUUGGCAUCAUCGGAUACUCGUGGCUGGAUUUCUACUAUGUUUUUCACUCCAUCAUGAUUGUAUGCGCAGACUUUCUCGCCCGUCCAAAGGGACAGGCAGAGUCAACCAAGGAUACUGAGCGCAAGACGACUGUACGGGCCGUACUAGAUCAAAUCCGCGACAUGCAAACUCUUGCGCCUACCUAUAAGACGCUCAGCCGGAUCGCGCUGCAGUUUGCUAAUAUAACAGAGGUUGCUGCUGACAGAAAGUCGCCGACGCCGACAGACACGCCGCACGAUGCAUUGCUCGAGCCCGUAGCCCCCGCGGCGAGCGACGCAGGUGUCGAGCACGUAAUGCAGCUCGCAGAUCUGGGUGAGGACUGGUUCACAAACGCGACCGCGGACCUAGGAUUAGAUUUCUUCGAUUUGGGCCAUGUGACAAACCCCGUGGCAUUUGCUGCUAUGCCAGAUCCCCCUUCGGGCGCUGAACAGACCAUUGAGACGGCUAACACUGAUGUCGAGGAUUGGACGUCCAAGACGCUAAAAGGGUUACAUACUAUAUAA